AUGCUACGAAUACAAUUGACGAGAUUAUGUGUAACAGAUUCACUAAAGAAAGAUUUCUCAUCAUUGCCAUUAUCACUAUUAUUGUCCAGAUUAUUGUUGUAUAUAACGUGGAUUAUAAGUCCAAUGGAUUGUGAACAUAUGACUGGUGUAAAGAAAUUACGAUUGCAAAGUCUAGACAUCGGAUCUUGUCUACCUGAAGGUGAUUCAUUCUGCACACAGCGUGUUCAGAACAGUUUUUGUUCAACAGAAAAGAAUGAGUGUUUCUGUAAAUCAGGUUAUUAUUCAAUACAAGAAGAUGAUGGUAUCACGUGUAAAACACUUCUAACAAAUCAUAAAUGCCAAUUGGAUGGUGACUGCAAAUACGUCAAGAAUAGUAUAUGUCAUCCAGGAGCUGGUGCAUGUAUUUGUCCAUCAGGAACUAUUUACGUACCACAAGAACAUGCUUGUAGAAUCUAUAUAAAUCAGUAUUCAAACAAUUUUUGUAUGAAAUGUAAAAGUUACCAUGGAGUUUGUUACUUAAUUGAAAAUGAAAAGGGAUCUAUGCAUAAUAAAUCAAUACAGCCAAACAGACAAAAUGAAAAACCACGUUAUGGAUGUAAAUGUCCACACAAUACAAUGACAAUUAACAAUAAUUUACUAGUGAAGAAGAAUUCCCUAAUCAUUCCAUCAUUUCAAAAGUUACAAGAUAGUAAGCUUGAACAAGUUUCAGAUGAGACUGACUUGUCUUCUGAGUUAGACAAACAAAGUGACAAUUUUAUGUGUAGAGGUUUAUUAG